UGGAUUGUCAUCAACAUCUUAAAAUCGUAUUUGAAGGUCACGAAAUUGUAUCCAUACAGGAUAUCAUCAACGGGAAGGUCAGAAUUGGUCAUCUUUCUGAGAAGUGCUGCAUCCACAAACAAGAGAACAAAGAUAUGAUUUGUGAGGAUUGUAAGGUCCAUGUCUGUUACAAGUGCGUGAUAGUCGGUCAUCAAAAUCACAAUAUCAAGAAUCAGCCUGACUUCGAGCAGGAGUUACGGCUAAAGGUGAACAACCUUGUCCAGCGAUGUGCUGCUAAGAAGACAGAACUGGAGAAGAACAUUCAAAAUGUUGAAGUACAACGUCAUGAAGUAUUCACUGCCGUGCAGAAACUACUUAAUGAUGUCAGUCAAGCCUACAGCAUCAAGGCUAAAGAGCUGGAAGAAAAUCAUCGAAAUCUCAUCGAGCAAAUCGAUAGAGUAAAGCGGAGUUUCGAUGACGACCUCAACGUCUUGAAAUCCAAGGAUCGACAGAGGAUCAAGAGUAUGUGUAGCUCAAUAACACUGGUAGCUAAUGAUAGACUGGGUCGUCUUGAGACGGACAGUCUUUCUGCUCAUACCUUGCUCUGUGAGGAGCUGGAUGCAAUGCUGAAGGAGGCUACGGAUCACACUUCUGCGGCAGCCAUUACGAAGAAAGCACAGGAGAAGAGGUUCAAGCUUGCAGAUGAUACUCGUCUUGACCUCGGGAGCAUCUCAUCAGAUCCCAAGUUGCAAGUCAUUCAGUGUGUAGAUCUACGGGGACAGAUGGUGGGUAUGACACCGUAUUCUGAUGACAGUGUAGCUAUCGGAUAUAGUAGUGUACAUGGUAUAGAUAUCAUUGAUUCAGCUGGUACAAAGGGGCAGUAUCCAAACAUACCAAGUAACAUGAAGUGUUAUGAUCUUGUGUUUCAACAAGACAGGUCGUUAUGCAUAUCGACGGGUAGCAAAGAAGCACACAUAUAUUCUCCCAAUGGAGCCAGGAAAUCAACCAUUCACAUAAAAAACAAUCGCUGUUUUAAUCUCAGAUUAAACAGAAGUCCAUCAGAUGAAAUCCUCAUCGCUAACAAUGAUAAUAAAGUCUAUAUCUAUGACCCGACUGGAUCUACUCUCAAACACACUCUUCCAACAAAACACAACAAGACGUUCCAGGUAUCUGCCACCAGGUCGGGUUUGAUUAUCACGAGUUCAAAAUAUUUUGACACCAAUCCAAACGUGGUGACGGUCUAUGACAGGGCUGGGAAUGCUGGUGAGUCUCUACAAGCUCCAAACGGUGUCCUCCUGUAUGCUGCCGUGGAUGAGCAGGACAGUGUGUAUGUAGCGAGUGUUGAUCUUAAUAAUGGUCACUUGGUGAUCAGGCUCUAUGACCUUGAUGGUUUGAACCUGAAUGAAAGAGUUGAGUUCAAUGCACUUAAUCUAACGCUUGAACAUCAAGUGUGUUACUUGGUUUCCAUCUCUCAAGACAUGCUCGCGUUUGCUUGUCGCAAGAAGUUGUAUUUUAUCAAAGUAACACUAUAAUCCAUCUCACACUCUAUAUUACCAUUAUCGGUGUUGUGUAUACCUUUCUGCUCCAACUGUACUCUAUAAUAUGGGCCUAUAAAUGUGUCAUUUUACAGUGUUCAUUCUGAAUAACUAACCGAAUGGGAAGAUGCUUAUUCUCUUGAUAGAUUUUAAUUGCCUGUAUAUAGUUGUCAUUAUCCAAUAUAAUGAUAACGUCCCUCUAUCGAAAUAGUAUGUAAAUACUGUACGUAAAAUAUGCAUCUACUUCAUGGAUUGUGUAAUGGUUUCUCUUAUUUACUGUAAAGGGUGAUAUACGAUAUCGUUAUGUAUAACUUGAAAAUUGGUUAUGUAUUGAUUGAAUGCAUAUUAGUGUUAUUUCCCUUAUGACUUGUUAUUAAUAUCAAAGUAUUUUUUAAAAUGAUUGUUCAUAUAUUUCUUGACUUUUAUGGUAAUUAUUUUGUAUCUAUAAAUGAACAAAUAAUUUAUACAGACAUUGUAGAUAGGAACCAAUUGUAAAUAAGCUGGGAGCUGCUAAAAUUUAGUUUGUUAUGAUGUAGAGAAGUUCUGUUUCCUGACUAAGUAAUAUAAGAAUAUUAUGAUAUUGUAACGAAAUUUAUUACAACUGUUUAAUACAGACUUCUCUCGUUCUCGAACUCUUAAUUGUCUCUUCUUAGUUCUCGCUCAGUAUCUCUCUCUCACUCAUGCGUGUUGUAAGAAUAUGUAUAAAUAUUCAUUAGGAGCAGCUACACUGUAAGCGCGCACGAAAGAUUGUGACGUAAUAAAGAGUUUUAAGACUCAUCAGUUUUGGUUUAGACACAUGAA